AUGCUCGAUAACAUACAAGAAUAUAUUGGCGCAGUGAAGGCCAAGCUAACUGAGUUUUACGAAAAGGUGUUUCAAAACUUCGUCAAGUCUCUUUUUGGAAAACCUUCUUCAAUUCUCUUUCUUGGUAUAGAUAAUGCAGGAAAGACUACCUUAGUGAAUAAGUUGAAGAGUGACUCUACAGAUGUCUACAUGCCUACCCACCACCCUAGCACUUCCCAUAUAGAAAUAGGAAAUCUAAAAGCACAAGUCAUUGAUCUCGGGGGGCAUACAGCAGCAAGACUUGCAUGGAGAGACUACUUCUACGAUUGCCAUGGGAUUGUGUUUAUAGUUGAUGUCCAUGAUGUAGAAAGGUUUUCUGAGGUGAGAGAGGCCUACGAGACUGUGAAGUCCCUGGAGAAGAAGGCUCCAAUUGUUGUACUUAUGAAUAAAAUCGAUCUUGAAGGUCACACCCCAGAAACAGCAGAAGCAGAUUAUCAGUGGAAGUCUUGGCUUAGCCAGGAAACAGGAAUCGAAGAUCAAGAGGAUCCUGAGAGGGGGCAAGCUGUAAAGAUUUUCUAUGUCACUAUAACAAGCGGAAGUGCUAACAGCAUAACAGGCCCUCUUGCACGGGCAUUUAAAUGGCUAGAAGCCAUGAUUAGCUAUAAUAAUAAGAAGGAAUCUCUAUGA